UUCUUCAAAGAGUUCACCAUACAAAUUUGGUGACCCUCGUCGGGUAUUGCUAUGAAGGAGAUCACUUGGCCCUCAUCUAUGAGUUUAUAUUCUGCCUAAUGGAGACUUGAAACAACAUUUGUCAGGUAAUAUUUUCUAGUUAUUUCACGAAGAGCAUUAACUUUUGAAACUUAGAAUACUCUAGCUAGUAGAUAUGAUAAUCUAAUAUACAGGAAAAGGAGGUAGACCUAUCAUCAACUGGAGAAUUCGACUACAGAUAGCGUUGGAGGCAGCGUUAGGUUGGUACUAAGUUAUAAACCUUAAGAUAAGAUAUUGAUUCAAUUAGGUUUACAACAAAUCAAUACAUGCAUGGUUCCGCUGCAUAGGACUGGAGUACUUGCAUAUUGGAUGCACGCCACCAAUGGUUCAUAGAGAUGUCAAAACAGCAAACAUAUUGUUGGAUGAGAAUUUCAAGACCAAACUCGCUGAUUUUGGCCUCUCAAGAUCUUUCCAAGGUGGAUGCGAAUCUCAGGAUUCAACAGUGAUUGCUGGUACUUGUGGAUACCUUGAUCCUGAAUAUUGCCGUACAAGUCGGUUGGCUGAGAAGAGUGAUGUCUAUAGUUACGGGGUCGUGUUAUUGGAGAUGAUCACAAACCAACCUGUGAUUUCUGAAAAGUGUCACAUAGCAGAAUCGGUUGGCUCUAAGCAUAAGAGAGGUGAUAUAACUGAGAUCAUGGAUCCAAACCUUGGCGGGUCUUAUGACUCUAACUCUGCGUGGAGAGCUGUUGAGCUGGCAAUGUCAUGCGCUGAUCCUUUUUCCUCAAAACGACCAACCAUGUCUCAGGUUAUUAGCGAACUAAAAGAGUGUAUUGUGUGUGAAAACUCGAGGAUGAAUAACAAUGGAGGCCUAGAAUCUCAACAAAUGAGCAUUGUCUUGGAUACUUCGGUGGGUCCUGGAGCAAGAUAGUUUUGAUGUUGUCUGGUAGUUCUCGUAGAUGAAAUCUGGACCUCAAUGUCACAUUAUGUGAUUAUUCUCCAGCUAUCUGACUUUGUUAUGAAGGCUCUCCAACGUCAUAUAUGCUGUCAUCUUUGGUUGAAGACCUAUCUUGCUUAACUUAUUUAUGUUUUGUAUGUUAUGCUUGUUGCCAAAGAGGAUGAAUCAAAGUAAGUUUGUGUUAAAAAUAAAAAGUCUACCUGUUGUACUAAUAUGGAAUUAACAAAUCAAUUAGUCGUUUGACUUUGAUAAAAUUAUAAAUUUAUAUCAUUUUCGUAGUUGGUGAUUUCUGAGUACAUAUCAAUUUGUUUUAAGAGUACUGCUUGCGAGUUACCUAAACUCAAGUUCCUGAGAGAAUUUGAACUUCUAAGUAUGAGUUGUGAUUACAGUUGUUAAUAAAUCGUGUUUACCCUCUGAAACUUGUUUCUUCUUAUAUAUUUUUGUUUGAUUUAUAGCCCUUUAGAAGUGUAAAGAUAUCGUGUGUGAGUAUGACCCAAGAAACUACUGUUGCACAUAAUAGGAUACUGUCCAACAUCAACUUCUCUAAAAAAAAAUAACUAAAGAAACAGAAAAUUACCGUAAUCGCUUCUCCUUCUUAUAUCUUUAACGAAUUAAUAUGUGACUAGUUAAACAAAUAAAGUAGAUUCCUGUUGGACUAGUCUUUGAUCAAACAUUUACUUCCGUGACGUGCUUUUGUCUCUGGUCCAUAUUUUCCAUGAAUACGUUGAUGAUGGUGAUGUUGGGCCACUCUUGUCCUUUAAUUCCAUUUAGGGAUAGUCAU